UCAACCCUCGAUCUCGAUGAGCAGAUCUCGCAGCUCAUGCAGUGCAAGCCCCUCUCAGAGCAACAGGUUAGAGCAUUAUGUGAGAAAGCCAAGGAGAUCUUGAUGGAAGAAAGCAACGUUCAGCCUGUGAAAAGCCCUGUGACAAUUUGCGGUGACAUUCAUGGACAGUUCCAUGAUCUUGCCGAGCUAUUCCGUAUAGGGGGAAAGUGCCCAGAUACCAAUUAUCUGUUUAUGGGAGACUAUGUGGACCGUGGAUAUUAUUCUGUUGAAACUGUUACGCUGUUAGUUGCCUUGAAAGUACGGUAUCCUCAGCGGAUUACUAUUCUCCGAGGAAACCAUGAAAGUCGUCAGAUCACUCAGGUUUAUGGAUUCUAUGACGAAUGUCUGCGGAAGUAUGGCAAUGCCAACGUAUGGAAAAUAUUCACAGACCUCUUUGACUAUUUCCCACUGACUGCCUUGGUUGAAUCCGAAAUAUUCUGUCUUCAUGGUGGAUUGUCCCCAUCUAUCGAAACCCUUGACAACAUAAGGAACUUUGACCGAGUGCAAGAAGUUCCGCACGAAGGGCCUAUGUGUGAUUUGUUAUGGUCUGAUCCCGAUGACCGUUGUGGUUGGGGUAUCUCACCUCGUGGUGCUGGAUACACAUUUGGUCAGGACAUAUCUGAGCAAUUCAAUCACACAAACAGCUUAAAACUCAUCGCCCGAGCCCACCAGCUGGUUAUGGAUGGAUUCAACUGGGCACACGAACAAAAGGUGGUAACGAUAUUCAGUGCGCCAAACUACUGCUAUCGUUGUGGGAACAUGGCUUCUAUUCUUGAGGUGGAUGACUGCAGAGGCCACACAUUCAUCCAGUUUGAACCAGCACCGAGGAGAGGAGAACCUGAUGUUACCCGAAGGACACCUGACUACUUCCUCUGAAUGGAAAUGCCCUCCCGAUGAAAGAAAAAAACCAGCAAAUUUCCCCCUUUAUGAUUCUACGCAUUGUUGUUCAUGUUUUGCUUUUGUUUUUUUUUUCUUUUUUCAAAUACCAAUUUAGGCCCCUCCUUUCCAUGCAAUAGUGUAUUAUUGUUAUUAUUAUUAUUAUUAUAGAAGAAGACACUUCCUUUGUCAAAAGAAAAUACCCAUGACAUUGUCUCUGGGUGUCCA